UGAACCUAUCUACCGUCUAUAUUUAAAUUCAACGGCAAGCAAUGUUUCUAGUCGAAAAACAAGUCUUCUUAAUCGCUAGUUUUUUUCUCUGCAGUCUAGCUAAGAAAGUGUCAGAAAGCGAAGACCAAUGCGCCGGAGGAUGCAAAAGAGGCUGUGAAACUGAAAUUGAAUAUCUAGGCUGUGAAACUGAAAUUGUAUAUCUAGGAUAUGAAAAAAAUCACAAAUUGUCCGAAAAGAAUCAAGAGAUUAAGAAGCAAUGUGUUAGUAAGGAACAGUUAUCAGUAAUAAAAGACAUGAAAGUAAAGGAACUUCAAAAAAAAAUGUGUGAGGAAAUUGAUGAUUCACAUCCAAGCUCUAAACCAACGAGGAAUUCCAAAUCUAAAUGUGCUGAUUUGAUGAUCGGUUGGUAUGAAACUCUGAAAUUAUCGCCAUCGUUCGAACAGCAGACAACCACGGCAGGCAAUAUUACAGCAGGAGAGAUUUCUGAAAGUUGUCGUGAGAUUAUCCGGUGUUUUUACAACAUUACGAGGUCUCGAAAAAACAAGGAAAUAAUAUCAGCAGGAUUCCAUAGAAACUUUGGCAAGGCAUUUGGGGAGAAAAAUUCGAAGUUUAGAAAUCAGCAACCGCAAGUCUUCCCAAAAGCAUAUAGUUUUCGUAAACGUAUUAAAGAAAUGGUUCAACUUGUUAACUCAACUUGCGAUGACGAGUCAUUCAAAGUAAAAAACGGCAGUUGUGAAAUGGAUGUUGUCGUGUUGAGUUCUUUGGAAAAUCAGAAUGGCCUAUUACCGCGCAAAUCUCUUUUGAAGUUAUGUCGAAAUCAGUCAAAAUGUACAGUGAAAAUUAUGACCAUUCGAAUGAAGAACGUCACCGUAGACACUAGCUAUCUGUGGAAAUCGCUACCGCUGGCCUUUUCUGACGUCAUAUCUUUGGAUUAUAUUGCAAACGGGCAACUUUUAUCAACACUAGAAAAUGAAACAAUAUCUUUGAGUUUUCCUAACAAGCUUAAGAAGAAUGUUGCAAGAAAACAGGUGAAGUGCAUGUUUUUGGACGGAGAAAAAUGGAAGGAUGAGAAUAUGAGUGUUGGUUCAGUUAAUGAAGAUAAUAUUACUUGUUUGACGGAUCACUUAACAAGCUUUACAAUGGUUAUUCUUUCCAAAGCAGACGGGGUGAGCGAUUCAGACAGAAAAGCAAUAGCUGUUAUCAGUUAUAUCGGAUCUGGACUGUCGUUGGCUGGUCUAAUGUUCUCGUGUGUUGUCUACAUUGUUCUUUACAAAGAUCUCAAGAUGCUGACGACCAGUCGGCACUUGGUGCAUUUCAACUUGCAGAUUGCAUUGGGAUUGACACAAAUGAUCUUUCUCGCCGGUGGGGUCGCCACACAAAAUAAGGUUGUUUGCAAGGUUGUGGCCAUCUUGGUUCAUUAUUUUUCCUUGGCUUCUUUUGUGUGGAUACUUCUUGAAGCUGCGAUGCUUUAUUUAAAGCUAAUCUCUGUGUACAGUGGAGAGUUUGUGAGAAUAAAGAAAUUCAUGAUAUUUGGUUGGGGAUUUCCUUUCGUGUAUGUUGGUUGCAUUGCGGGACUACAAACUAACAAAUAUGGUACAAUAAAACAAUGGUGUUGGAUAUCUUACGAAGAAGGCCUGUCCUGGGUUUUCUUUGCGCCAGUGGUCAUAACAUUAUCGGUAACCAUAGUGGUUGUUAUUGCUGUGGCUCGUGUAGUGUUUCAUCAUUCAAACACCGAAGGUCACGAUACCAAGAAAAAGAUCAUCUCUGCGGCUCGAGGUAUUAUCAUAUUAUUUCCAACUCUUGGUCUUUCCUGGGCGUUCGGUGUCAUUGCAAGAUAUAGCACUGACGUGGUUGUAUGGCAAUAUCUGUUCGCAAUAUUUACAUCGAUGCAGGGAUUUCUCAUCUUUCUCAUCUAUGGAGUUUGCAACAGAGAGAUUCGUAAAGCAGUUGGUCGAAAAAUGGGCUACGAAGUCAACCCUACCUCUGGCUUGGAAAUAAGCUCGAAAAUCAGACCCAUGAUCGAAACAACAUAUGCAAAAAAGCAACUGAAGUGAAAUGCUUCAGUAAAAAAAUCAAAAGUGUCAAAAAAUGC